AUCAUGAAUUGAUUGGUAUUUUAAUUUUGGAAUAUGUAGUAUAAAAUGAAAUAAUUGAAAAAAAAAAUUCCUCAAAAUAUUUUGCCUUUAUUAAUCUCUAAACUACGAGGCCAAAUCCUCUUCACAAAAAACAGAGACCCACAACUCUAAUUUAGGACAGCUGUCAGUGCAUCAAGCCUUUUCCAAUGACCUCUCAUGGCCACCAACCUCUUUUGUCUCUGCUUUCCUUCUUCCUUCAAAACUCACAAGAACUCGAUGGAAGAACAUGUUGAAGUUCCUCAAUAUCUCAUCUUCUUCUAAAAUAUUCUCCAUAUUCUCGCUCUCUAAGGAGCUCGUUCAUCAAUCCCCACCUCUAUCAACACCUUUCUAUCAACACAAGGCCUCUUUCCCUCUCACCACCAUGUCCAUAAAUUUACAGUCACACGCCUUCGUUGGCAACCCUCUGAGAUCCAAAACACCAAACCCGGGUGACCCGUUUUCACCCACAGCAGCAUUCGAAACUCUCAAAAGCCGAAUUUUGGAGAACACCCACAGUUCCCUUUCCCCGAAUUUCAAGGUGUUGCCUUUCAGAAAUGGGAGGCCCUUGGCGUCUUCGAUGGGCGGCCAGUCUUGGCAUCUGGGUUGGAUCAGUUUGGGAGAACUCAAGGGACUAUUGAGUGCCGAGUUGAACGGUGACUCGUUGGUGUAUCUCGGUUCCGACACGGAGGAAGAUUCCGUUUACUGGGCAAUUGACGUUUCUGGGGAGCCUGGGUUGGUUGCUGAAUUGGGUAGCAUGAAGCUCUGUUUUGUGGAGCUGAGAACGCUCAUGGUCGCUACCGAUUGGGUUGAUUUGAAAGCCAUGGGGAACUUGGCUAUUGCUGGUCACGCCAGGGCACUUUUAGAAUGGCAUAAUAUAUCACAUUUUUGUGGACAUUGUGGAGAGAAAACAGUCCCAAUGGAAGCUGGCAGGCGGAAGCAGUGUUCAAAUGAAUCAUGCAAAAAGAGGAUAUAUCCACGAGUUGACCCGGUGGUCAUUAUGUUAGUCAUUGAUCGAGAGAAUGACCGAGCCCUUUUGAGCAAACAAUCAAGAUUUGUACCUAGAAUGUGGAGCUGCUUAGCAGGUUUUAUAGAGCCAGGAGAAAGCUUGGAGGAGGCUGUAAGAAGAGAGACGUGGGAGGAGACUGGUAUUGAAGUUGGAGAAGUUGUAUAUCACAGUUCACAGCCGUGGCCUGUUGGACCAAAUAGCAUGCCAUGCCAGCUUAUGGUUGGGUUCUUUGCAUAUGCAAAAUCCCUUGAAAUAAAUGUGGACAAGGAAGAGUUAGAAGAUGCUCAGUGGCACAGUAGAGAUGAUGUGAGAAAAGCACUGACAUUUGCCGAAUACAAGAAAGCCCAAAGAACUGCAGCAGCAAAGGUAGAACAAAUGUGUAAGGGAGUAGAAAAAACACACAGCUUGGCUACAGAUUUCAAUGUGGAAAGUGGUGAACUUGCUCCUAUGUUUGUUCCUGGACCCUUUGCAAUAGCUCAUCACCUUAUUUCCUCUUGGGCCUUCCCAGAUCAAAGUGUAAACGGCAUUGAAUGCCAUUCAAAAGAACCUAGCGGUUCUAUGUCAAAUUUGUAGGAGCAACUGAAAUUAUUUUUCAAGGCAGCUUUGGAGAUAAAGCUUAUCUUAUUAUUGUUAUGCUUCUCAAGGAGGUGUAGGGUGAUAAGUGUGAGUGAUGAAAUUUGCACGUCAAAUUGUGAAAAUACUGCACACCUUGAAUUGGAGACAUCUACACUUUGAUUUUGCACUGCUUUUCAUACUAAAGUUUAUGUUAUAUGUUAUCAUUUUACCAAUAAACCUGCAAGACUGGCUGCUUUCUGUUAAUGUUAACAU